AUGGCUGGCGAGUACCAGGCGCCCCAUGAGGACGCGAGGGGUGACCUGCAGGAGUGGGGGAGGGAGGGGGGAGGCGGCCAGCGGCUCGUGCAGCUCAUUUGCUACCUGAACUCGCUGCACGAGCACCAAGGCGGGGAGACCGCUUUCCUUCACUCUGCUUUGGGUGGGCAAGGACAGGACACCAUGGAUGGAUCGCUAGAUGGGUGCCUGUGUGUGUGUGUGUGUGUGUGUGCAGGGAGCGCACUGGUUUUCUUCCCGACGUUUCGUGACGGCAAGAUGGACCCCCGGAUGCGCCACUGUGGCCAAAAGGUCUGCGGCGGGGUGGAGAAGUGGAUAGUCGGCACGUGGCUGUGCGAGCAGCCCAUCACCAGCGACACUCACCGAGGAGAUGCCACGCGGCCAAGCCGGGCCGAUUCUUUCGGCUGUGGUGCAAUCGUCAAGGGCAGCAUAGAAUAGCAUAGCACGGCCGGUCUGGUCGCUUUUUUUGGUUUGUUUUGUUUUGUUUUUUUCCUUCGUCGGCCUGUCAUCCUGUCUGCCUGUCAUCCUGUCUGCCUGUCUGCCUGCCUGCCUGCCUGCCAUCUACCCUUGUACAUAGAAAGAUAGCCCCUUCCUGACACCGUCCCCCCCACUCCACCAAUUCUCUGGUGCUGCUGCUGCUGCUGCUGAGGAUGCUCACAGUUUUGCCUGGCUCUUUCGCUGACUGACUGACUGACUGCUGUAGGGAGAGGGAGGAGAUUAGAGGAGAUGGGAUGAGAGGAGGGACACACGGGCCACAUCGCAGCAUCGCAGAGAGAGAGAGGGGGGGGAGAGGGAGGGAGAGAGGAUUUCCGCCAACCCACGUACCACUUGGUUGCCACUGUCUGUCUGUCUGUCUGUCUAGCUGGACCUGCCUUGGUUCUCCGCUGCCUACCAGCCAGCCUGCGUGCCUGUUUGCAAACAUACGCGAGAGAGAGAGGGCCUAAGGGUUCAGUGCUGAGUACUGGAUGGAUGGAUGGAUG